GGGAGCAGCAAUGCACCACUAUUAAGUUCACUCCUUCGCUUUUCGCCCUCGCUGCUUCCUCGUUUCACGCCAUGCUCUGCAUAUGUCCAAACCGCUUAUGCGCAUUCCCUACACGGGACCCCUACCACCACCUCUCAUCAUCCCGUCGUCCGCAGCUUCAAUACAGGGUGCCAUCGCCGCACUCACUCACUUCUUGACCUCCUCCGUUUCUUCCACGCCUCCCGUCCACCACCAUGCCUCGGCCACUUCAUCACAGACCACAAGGUCGGAAAAAACCGUCUUGUUAACAGGAGCCGGCAUCAGCGUCGCCUCCGGGCUCGCCGACUACCGUGGCCAAAAUGGCACAUACACACAAAACAAGAGCUACCGUCCAGUCUACUACCACGAAUUCGUAGCGAGCCACGAAUCCCGCAAACGAUAUUGGGCUCGCUCUUUCCUGGGUUGGCGCGGUUUGCACCGCUCAAAGCCCAAUGCAACUCACUACGCCAUCCGCGAUCUCGGGCAGCUAGGUCUGGUCGACAACGUAGUUACGCAGAACGUCGACUCGUUCCAUUCCCUCGCUCACCCGCAAUUGCAGACCGUCGAACUCCACGGGUUUCUACGCGCCCUGGUCUGCUUGAGCUGUCGCAACUUGAUGGAUCGAGACGCCUUCCAGUCACGUCUUGCGGAACUGAACCCAGCGUGGGCGACAUUCCUUCAAGAGCUGCUCCAGUCAGGAGCAUUGGACACAGAGAAUCCCGUCGAGCGACGUAAGCUAGGUUUCAGGACCAACCCGGACGGCGAUGCCGACGUGCCGGGCGCCCCGUACACCACGUUCAGAUACCCCGCGUGCCCAAGCUGCCUGAAGCGUCCACCCAUAUUGAGCGACGGAUCAAAGGGACAUGUGGACGUUGACAAGGACGGCGCCUGGCUACCAAACACAAGCACAAAUGGCGUGGGUAUACUGAAACCCAAUGUGAUCAUGUUCGGCGAAUCGAUUCCCGCCUGCGUCAAGGCUGAAGCUGAAGCCGCCAUCGACGGAGCGUCCAAGAUCCUCGUGAUUGGAAGCUCGUUAGCGACGUACUCCGCAUGGCGGCUCGUGAAGCGUGCCCAUGAACAGGGCAUGGGCAUUGGGAUCUUGAAUAUGGGUGGGGUCAGGAAAGAAGAGACUUUCUUUGGGGACUACCAAAACCACGGUGGUGACGAUGGCUUGUCGGCUCUUAGGCGGGCUAUCGUACGGGCAAGUUUGCCUUCGGAAGAGAUCCUGCCUGCUGUGGUCGAGCAGCUUCGUCAGGCGAGAGGGGUCAUAGCGUAGAUCAUGAAGGCAAUGUUGUCACUAUUCACGAUUUAUGGGAGUUGCAUUGUGCAUAUAGCGAAUUGUAGAUAUUGUAUAUAAGUUGCAUUCUGACCGAAGUUUGUGCGAAG